AUGCCUCGCCCGGCGCAGCUCCCCGUCACGAUGCUGGCUCUCGCGGCGUCGAGACCCGCGGCGAGAAAUUCGUCGGCCGCCAUGGUCAACCGUAUCAUGGCCGCCAACGCCGUCCGCUCCUAUGCCACACCCGCUGGUCCCCCGCCCCAGAACUUCCGUCAGAAGCGAUUCGAGACCUGGGACGAGGACAAGGAGUCCACACUCAACAAGAUGGGCAGAUACUUCCUGCUGUCCGAGAUGGCCAGAGGAAUGUACGUGCUCUUGGAGCAGUUCUUCCGCCCGGCCUAUACCAUUUACUACCCUUUUGAGAAGGGCCCCAUCUCUCCCCGCUUCCGCGGUGAGCACGCCCUCCGUCGCUACCCGUCCGGCGAGGAGCGCUGCAUCGCCUGCAAGCUCUGCGAGGCCAUCUGCCCCGCCCAGGCCAUCACCAUCGAGGCCGAGGAGCGUGCCGACGGCUCCCGUCGCACCACCCGCUACGACAUUGACAUGACCAAGUGCAUCUACUGCGGUUUCUGCCAGGAGUCGUGCCCCGUCGACGCCAUUGUCGAGUCCCCCAACGCCGAGUACGCCACCGAGACUCGUGAGGAGCUGUUGUACAACAAGGAGAAGCUGCUGUCCAACGGUGACAAGUGGGAGCCCGAGCUGGCUGCCGUCAUCCGUGCCGACGCCCCCUACAGAUAA